UCCAUUCUAGCAGAUACAUCGCCACUCGCCUCACAGGACCUCGCUGGCAACUGGGAACCAUGGCAAGGGUGGUUCUUUUGGUGGUGUGUACCCUACUAACUCUGGACCUAACUGUGGCGAGCUACAGUAACAACUAUGUCAACCUGAUCAUUCGUCCCGCGGGCCACAGUCGCUCCUUCAAGUGGCUGGGUCGAGGUGACAUUGACAACAUGCCCCUCCACGUGCCCCGUCCGCUCUACAUACCCCGCUGGCUACCCAAAUCAAAGCCGGAGUACUUGGCCAAGUGGGUGCCCACCAUGCCAUUUCCUCAUGCCCACCAGCCUCAUGCCCACCAGCCUCAUGCCCACCAACCUUACACCCCAAAGUAUUACGCCCCCAAGCCUUACGCUCCAAAGUCUUAUGCCUCCAAGCCUUAUGCUUACCAGCCUGCCACGAAGUUGUCAGAGUUUGGUGGACCUAAGAUUAACUCUGUAGUGCAGCGACCAAACUCUCCAAGCUACGGCAUGGUUCCCCCGUCUGUGAUCAGCGCUGCUUUUCCAAUUGCAAGUUCUCACUCCACCGGCUAUGCCCCGCCCCACCCAGGCGACAUCGUCUCUGGGACGCCCCUCGGCAAUACCUUCCCUGCUACUGUGGGCGCCUCGCUUACUGUGGGGGAGCCCUCGCCCAGAGAAUAUAAUCCUCCACGACAAUAUCUUGUGGUUCCCGAGACGGGUAUUAGAAGCCAGGCCAGUGGGGCACGCGCGGUACCUUCCUUCGAAGAUUUGGUACACGGCGCAGCCACUGUGCACUUCAGUGAAUUUAGUGCCCCUCAACCCAACAGUGUCAUCACUCUUGAGAACCCAUCAGACAGUGUGAAAACUGUUGCCGACUAUGGAGGUAACAGUGCCUUGACUGGUGGAACACUGAGUGUUGCUGACUAUGGAGGUAACAGUGCCUUGACUGGUGGAACACUGAGUGUUGCUGAGCCACCAUCACCCACCAUCACAACCAUCCUGUAUGGUGACUGGGAGAAAGGUGUUGCCACAGACGCUCAGCUCAACACCUCCGUCGGGGAAGACACUGCUCUAGUGUCCAACAAGGAGCCUAGCAUCAACACUCUUGAUGCCAACUUCCCACCCCCGACAACAACACAAAUCCUGGAUGGGAAUAAGUAUCUUGAGACAUGGCAGGAGAGCCCGGGCUCACCCCGGGCAUCUGCUACUGUCGUCUCUCUUCCGCUGGAAUACCUUCAGCGAGAUGUUUUUGCUCGGGAAAACGACGUGGUGUUUGUCGACGUUUCGCAGUCACUUAAUUUUGAACCAAAUCCGGGACCUGACCAGGAUACAGAACUCUCAGUUUAUCUGCAGGUUAACCAAGACUUCCGGCCUAGCCAACUUUUUGACAGUGAAGGCUUUCGCCCGAAUCCGAAAUUCAAUUCAAGUGCCAUUUCUCAACCGACUCUUGAGGUUGUGUCUUAUAAAAAUAGUCAAACCAAUCCUGAAUCUGUGUUUGGUGAAAGAGCAGACUACAGUCUGGAAUAUGAUGAAAACUCUAAAUUCACUUCCGAAUUAGAUUCUGAUGAUAGUUUCCAACUCAGCGAGAAGACAGGCAAAGACAAUCAGUAUACUAAUAGCUUUAAAACCAACCCAAAAUUCCUAUCUAAUGAAGGAGAGAUUCCAGUGAAUUCGACGGCCGUAGCCACAUCCCGUGUGGACAUGACAAAGUCAGGUCUGUUAGCACCGCCAGUAUUGCCGCCAGUGGCGGAGGGUCGCUCGUUCUCCCACCACAGCAUACUUCCCCUUACCGGGUUCAUCCCACAACCUGUAUCCGUUCCCCUCGCUCCCUCAGCCCUCACUCUCAACCGGCCUGGGAGGACCUCAGAGGGGCGACAAGCCCGUGGCUUCACUGCAGGACGGCCCUUCUCGCACCUAAUACCAGAGGCUUCCCGACUUCUUCCCUUGGGUGCCCGCGUCCAGUUCCGACCAAGCCGACGCCACUACCCCAGACCCGUGUUUCUUGGAUAAAGGAGAAACACCCUAGCCGUGCCCUCUUGUGAAGGGCGACACACGGAUCUUAGAUAUAGGCACAUUAUCUCUUGUAUGUAAAGUUAUUUAUGAUGUUUCAACACAUUCGAAUGUGUACAUUCGAAUGCAUUUAGCAGUAGCCCCCAGUCAGGGCAGUAUUUUAGUUUCAUAUUCUCAUUCUUGUCAGGGCCCUGGUGUUACCCACCUGGGCACAAGAACCCUGUUAGUGUCUCAUAUAUUAUCAUCGUUAUUCAUCAACCAUCAUGAAGUGUCAAUCAGCUGUCCGGAGACAGUUUUCACCCACUUUUCACUAUUUUACUCCAGUAGUUAAAGUAAUUUAUUAUGGGCCCCAUACCCAUCCUCUGACUGGUAGUGGGGUCCCAUACCCAUCCUGCGAGAGGUAGUAGCCCCCAUACCCAUUGUGUGAGUGGUAGUGGGAAACAUUAGGGUAUAUAUAAUGGACUCAGAAACUAAGCCCAUUACUCCAGUACCACUGUUAAACUUGAUCCUCAACUCUCUCUCAUCAAAGGGUACGGAUAUAUUCUUGGCAUGUUAUAAGAAACUAAUACUGUGGUUCAUUUACAGUGUUGUGUAGGUCUGACAGCAAGACCCUAUGCGGUAGAUGUCUCUUAUGGUAUAUUCAAAUGAAAUAAAAAGUCAGUAUGACAUUGUAUACAUUUUCCAAAUGUUUUCCUAAUUAUGUAACCAUGUAGAGAUUUACAUGGUUACGAUGUGGGUCUCCAUACCUUCUAUGUAGAGUGGGUCUUACUCCGUCUCCAUCCCUCCCUCCUCCUUCACACACUCCA